AUGGAGAUUGCAGUUCGAACACAAGGCAUUGAGUACUCAUUGGCCCCAGUACCAGGUGCUAUCUUAGGGGCUUUCAACAAUGAUUGUGGAUUCCAAGUGAUUGCAUGGCUCACAGAAGCGGUCUUCAACUCUGAGUUUGGCACUCCUUUUCAACGGGUCGCACCAAUCGAACUUCACACAGCCAUUGCAUGGAGGGGCAUUUUUGAACAGCACUUGCACUUGUCAAAAGAAGGUCAAGCGUUGAUUGCACCAACCACACUUUUCUUUGGGGGAGCUGCCACCAUGGACACAACCAAACUGUUGGCCGAAUUGCUUGCCGAUAGAGGUGUUCCAUUAGAUGCAGUUCAGCAAAGGGCCGAGAGUGUCAUUGAGAAGUUGGGUAGGCAGCCUAUCCUCAAAGCCUUACGUUCCCAGAACCCAUGGAGAGAAGCCAAACACCUUGCCAAUUUGGCGGCGCCGAAGAUCCAAUUGGUGAUGCAGUCAGAAAUGCAAGCUGCCAUCCAAGCCCGAAUUGAUGAUGGGCAGCCAUUUGGGGAUAAGAAAAAGAAACUUGCUAAGGAAAGAAAGCCCAGGAAAGAACUUGCAUUAGAAGCCAGUGAUGUAGGUAUCCCUGAGGGCAUUUUCCGUGAUGCAAACAAUGCACAGCUGACCCAAAUCCCCAUUCAGAACAUCGGACCGGAGGCAAGAGGGGUAGUAGUUGUCACAGCUGAGCAAGCUGCUCCAUACUUGCGUUUCUCCCAACCAGUGUCGAAACAUGGCCUUGCAUUGAUUGUCAUCAACCACAGCAGUCCGUUGGUCCAUGGGUCAGGCGAAGAAAUCAGAUUCCCAGCCAGGUUUGAAAGAACUGCCGAACCAAUUUUGCUGUCAGCCAGAAUCAUCCAGAUUGGCAACAUUGAGGUCACCAGGGUCUCACCACAAAACAUCACUAAGGUGGAUGAAGUGAGCACAGUCGUCAUAAGGAUCUGCACAUACAGAGAUGAGCUCCAAGCAAUCAAAUGGGAUGUGUUUUGUACAAAGCCGAUCAAGCACAUAGUUGAGGACGUCCCAUUCCUCCAGCCAUCAAGUGAUGGGACCAGCCCUAUCAUCGAUGUAUGGGAUCGUCAGUGGCUCACCGAACGCCUUGAAAGAACCAAACCAAGUGACGCCACGCUUUUCUGUGCAUGCUUCCGAGUUGAACUCACUGAACUCCUGCAGGUCCUCCAGCACCAGGGUCGUGUAGCUCACUACUUGGAGUCAAGAAGUCAGGAUGGAAGGACCCCCAACGGUGAUUUCAGAGUCAUCUGGAUCAACAAGAAAGAUCGUCAAGCAGUCGUGUUGGCCUCCCAAUCAACGGCUCAGUGGACAUGCAUCGUACGGGCCGGGCACCGUUUUGGCCUUCGAACCCAGCUCACUGAUGCCAAGGUUGUACAUGAACAGCAUAAGCCUCAGACACCGUACCUGGAGACAGCUGAUUUGCUCACCUUUCAUGCUGGCCCAUUUCCACACGGUUCCAAUAGAUCUGCACUGGUGAAAUUGUUUGCAACAUGGGGAUGGCAGGCACGACCCACUCAACCCAAAGCCAGGACAGCAAACGGCCAGGGGGUCAUCUGGGAGGUCCAGGCAGUUGCAAAGCCACAGUUCGAAGUAUAUCAAUUGGCCCAUGCAGAUAUCCUCAUCACUGAGAUCCCUCGAAAAACCAACAAGAGUCCUGCGAAUGCCAAUGAUAUCCAGGGUUCUGCAAGGACCAUUGCAGCACUCACCAAGGACAACAUCCCACAUGCACCUGCCGACCCAUGGGACAGCCAGGACCCAUGGUCAGGUUACCAACCGCCUGCCAAGAUUAGCAAAAUCACUGGCAGCCAUGAGCUCAGAGAGGGUGAGAUUGAUGCCAUUGCAGCGAGGGAUGCCAACAUGCAGACCGAUGACAGAGUUGGUCAACUGGAGGAAAGGCUGAAUCAGAUGGAAACGACAAUGCAUGAGCAGCACAGGCAGCAGACACAGAUCACUAGUGACCUGGCCAGCCAGAUCACUGCAGUGCAGCAUCAGACCCAGGCUAUCCAUAGCCACAUCGAUCAAAGAAUGCAAGAACAGCUCACCAACAUUGAGCGGCUCCUGAGCAAACGAAGAGCCUUGGGAAAAGCCCACAUGUUCCAGGAGAUGCAUGGCCAGCAGCAAGCCACAUUUGCAGACCUGCGCCCUCCAAAGCCUGUUCCUAUUUGGAGGAAACCAAAAGAGAUCCAAUGGAAAGAGAUCAACCAACGGACGACCACAGUCCCCCCAGAAGCAGAAUCAUACCUGGAAGUGUUCUCACAGCUUGAGGAUUUUGCGCAUGAGUCCCUGGUGCAACAAGGGGAAAUUGGACUUAUCCAACCACAAAGGGGUAGGGGAAAAACCACCAGCCCUUCUUGGGCAAAAGCUCCUGUGACACCGGUCAAGCCAUCACGGAAAAAUGAGCAUCAAAUCCAGUACCUUGGGGAAAACUACCAGCAUACAAAGUGGUGCCGUCAGCUCCGCCGCAUCCAGAGUUAUGUGGCCCUCUCCAAAUCCUUGAAAGACGAUGCCAAUACCACCAGCCAUAAAGCACUUUUGUGGACAGCCAUCAAAGCAGCCCCGGGUUUCCCUAAAGGCUUUCCCUCAGCUUGGGAGAACAGAGCAGCGAAGCUCAUUGAUGCUCCUUUGAAACUGCCAAUGCGACCGCCACAGUAUGAAGUUGCCCAUGCAAUUUUCAUCAAUUUCCAAGCAGAGUUUCGAGCAUUGGAGAAGAUGUUGAAUAGCCAAAGAAGACAGGUUGCAACAGCCAGGAGACUUGCAAACUCCAACCUGGUUUUCAAGGACGUUUCCAAACCAAGAGCCUUGCCAGUUCAGACUGUCGUUCAGAGGAAAACAGCCACCAUCACAGAUGUCCAGCAUGAUGGGUUGGAAGUUCAUUACGAGCCAACUGACCUUGAUCACACGCAGGAAGUAAUGACAGAUGAUGGAGCCUUGUUCAUCAGCCACCAUGAACCAGGUAAGCUCACAUUGGAUCAACCGGCAAAUGCGGAAGUUGGUGACAGCAUUUACCAGACAAAUAUCAUUGGUGACCACCAAGAGAUUUUUGCUGCCUUCAAGCGCUUGUGGAGUCCAAUGUGGAAUCGACAUGAUGGCAGU